UUUUCAAUUACAUCAAUGUAAUUUUUAAAAUUAUCUCAUUGACAUCGCCCACUGUGCCGAUUACAAUAUCUGUCAUACUGUGAUUACGCACUGUCAUACUGUCAAGCUUCUGUUCUACAUCCGAACUGUCAAAACUGUUUUCCAGAAAAUUUAGAAAACAAUUGGACGCAAAGACGCAAUCUGGCAGCCAGAGUAGCAUUUUAGUGUGAUUAGAACAUAAACUUGCGUGUAAUUUGUUUACAUACGCAAAAGAACGGAUUAGUAAAAAAGUAUACGAUCGAAAGAACGUGCAGAAGCAGGAGGUUGCGUCCGGUGUACUGGUGAUAUUUGCAUUUACCGCCGCUCCAAACACUAGGCCAAAACAUGGACCAGAUGCUACCGAGUCCGGGAUUUUCAAUCCCUAGCAUCGGUACGCCGUUGCACCAGCCGGAAGAAGACCAGCAGAUUCUUCCGCAUGCUUAUCAGCAGCAGCAAUCCAUGCCGCACAUGACACCGAUGGGUGGCCUUAGCUCUAGCAACUACACAAUGCCGGCUAUCGGAUCUUCCUCCGGCAAGAGCAUGCAUACGUACGCGCCCAGCUUUUCCACCCCACAGAAUAUGAUCCAGCCACAGACACCGCAAAGUUUAAUGUCACCGAUGGUACCUAUGACGGAAUCAAAAGCCGCAGCAACACCCAGCCAAACGCAAGGCAGCGGUGGCAGCAUCCGGGAUCCAGAAAACAUUGGCAGUGUGAAUAUCCACCAAACCAUGGGUCCCGCAACACCGAUGACGCCGAUGACACCGAGCGAACCAGCCAUUCUGCCGCAGCUGCAAAAUAUUGUCUCAACGGUGAAUCUAAGCUGCAAGCUCGAUCUCAAGAAAAUAGCCCUGCAUGCCCGUAACGCCGAGUACAAUCCGAAACGUUUCGCCGCCGUGAUUAUGCGCAUUCGGGAACCGCGCACCACAGCACUGAUUUUCUCAUCCGGCAAGAUGGUAUGUACCGGGGCGAAAAGUGAAGACGAUUCCCGGCUGGCAGCGCGCAAAUACGCACGUAUCAUACAAAAGCUCGGCUUUACGGCCAAAUUCCUGGACUUUAAGGUACAAAACAUGGUCGGCAGCUGUGACGUACGGUUUCCAAUUCGGCUCGAAGGUUUGGUGCUGACGCACGGACGGUUCAGCUCGUACGAGCCGGAACUGUUCCCGGGGCUCAUUUACCGUAUGGUGAAGCCCCGUAUCGUACUGUUAAUCUUCGUGUCCGGCAAAGUAGUGCUUACCGGUGCCAAAGUGCGGCAAGAAAUUUACGACGCGUUCGAAAACAUCUAUCCGAUUCUGAAGAGCUUCAAAAAACAGUAACUCGUAAGUGGCGUCGAUGGUUUUUGUUUCGUUUUCGAACCACGACACCACGUGGUUCCGCAUCAGUCACCAGCUGCUUAGUGUGUAAGGUAUUAAACAAAAGUAAGAAUUUUCCAAAUAAAAGGACAAAGUAUCAGAUCGAA